GGCACCGCGCGCGCCCGCGCCGACCGCCCCGGCCACUGCCGCGCGCCUCCGGCAUGUGGUGGAGGCCGCGCUGCAGGCCGACGCCCCCGCCGAGAUGAUGCCCAGUGGGCCCGAGGGCGCACGCGCCGAGGGCGUGGUGCAGGACGGUGGAGCGAGCGAGGCUUCGGCUUCAUCACGCUCACCGAUGGGAGGCGCGCGUACAUACACCACAGCACCAUGGGCGGUGGCAACCUCGAGCCAGGCGAGAAGGUGGUGUGCCUAGUCGCGGAGGACAAGCAGAACACCGGCAAGUGGGCCGUCACCGCGAUCGAGCGGGAGAAGGACCAGCAGCAGCAGAUGGGCGGCAGCAUGGGCAGCGGCAUGGGCAUGAUGAUGCCCAUGAUGAUGCCGAUGGGCGGCAUGGGUGGCAUGGGCAUGAGCCCAAUGGGCAUGAUGGGCGGCAUGGGCGGCGAGUCGAAGUUGGCGACGCACUGCUGGAUGGUGCUGGUGCCACAGGGCUGCCUGCAGCCUCGACACCUCGCGCCAUGCGCCGACCAGGAGACGGGGAAGGAGCGCGGGGGGCGGCUCCGCGAGCUGCGCUCGCAGCCGCAGCCUCGGCGGCCGCUGGGCUCGCCGAGGAAGCUGCUGCGCAUGCAGCCCAGGAGCGCGCCCUCCGACAUGCACAGAGGGCCCGAGCAGCCAGGGGCCGACGACGCGGCGAGCGAGGCGGAGGGCGAUGGCGCGGCCUGGGCGGCCAUGGCCCACGGGCAGCUGCUGGGGGCAGCUGCUGGGCGGCGGCGCGCCGCGGGCCGCGCGCAGCCGGGCGCUGCUGACCAGGCCUUCGACGUGGUCGCGGAGGCGCCGGCUCUGGCGGAGCGGGCCCCUGGCCCGUGGGCGGCCGCCUUCGUCUACGGCGAGAGCGACGACGACGGCUCGCCCCAGGGCGUCGACGAGGGGGGGGUCGCGAACAUCUUCCUUGUCCAGCUCAUGCGGGGCCGCGCGGCGCACGGGGCGGGCGACCGUCUGGGCACUAUAGCCCUGCCCCUGAGGACCGACAACCUGCACCCACUGGUGGCCGACGUGAGCCACGGUAGAAUCAAGGUCUGCAAGGAUGACCUCAAAUACCACCGGGACGUGCUGCUGUCUGUCCUGACCUCACUCGACAGCAGGCCCCCGACAUCAGCGUACGCGAGAGCUGUCUUCAAGCUUGACGAGGCGUCGGGCUGGAAGCUCGGCGGCGCCAACUACAGCAAGGAUGGGGGGAACCUGCCUUUCUACGCUGACGGCGAGCCCUACAGCUCGUGGAGUUUGCUCGAGGGGGCCUGCCUGCAUGCAAUGAUUUUCUACGUGUACAAACUCAAGGGUGCGCACCCAAUAUCCAGGGAUCCUGACAUUGCCAUCCUCAAGAACGCAUGCAAGCCUCCCAGAACCCGUUCCAAGAAUCAGGGGGGCUCGGGCGCAGACGAUGAGGAGAAUGAAUUCGCCGAGUUCGCAGUGGAAGUUAUCAUGAUUGAUGAAGAUGGACCAGACACGCCAGAGCCCUCCGAAUCGCACCCCCACGACGACAAGAUCCCCGUGGCCCAACCCAGCACCGCACCGGCUUGCGACAAGAUCCCCGCGGCCCAGCCUGACACCACACCAGCUUGCGACGACAAGAUCCCCGCGGCCCAGCCCAACACCGCACCGGCUUGCGACGACAAGAUCCCCGCGGCCCAGCCGGACACCGCACCAGCUUGCGACGACAAGAUCCCCGCGGCCCAGCCCAGCACCGCAAUGGCUUGCGACGACAAGAUCCCCGAGAGCCAGCCCGACACCGCCACUGCUUCCGACGCGCCUUCCCAGCCCCCCCGGUCGCCAGAGACGCCCCGCUCUGCUGUGGAGGUGGUUCCCAAGGCCGAUGACAUUUCAGCUGUCACUAUCGCGCUGAAGAUGAAGGGCCCCGGGAUGUCACAGGCGAGAGCUGAAUGCAUUGCUCGUGGACUUCUUCUCGGAGCGAUGAUGCCCGAGCCAGGCGACGACUCUGUUGUGAACAGGGAGUUGCAGGCGAUCCAGACAAUCAGCUCGAGCGACGAGGAGGGCGAGGACGCCGCCCCCCGCGCGCCCUUCGAUCGCAUCGCCACGGCGCUGUGCCACUCAUCGCCUGCCGCGCCCGAGACGGAGGAGAAGGAGCACUUCGCUCAUCCAGCCGCGCAUGCUUCCUCGUGCGCCCGGGCCCCGCCGCCGCCCAAGAAGCCGCCCAACGUCGGUCAUUGGCAUGACAGAACCAUGGGGAUGUUCCAGGUGUUCAACGAGAGGCACAAGGAUGUCUUGGCCAUCCUCCCGGAGGCGGCGCAGCCUCCUGACACCCCUCACGGGGAACUCUCCUCCACCUGCAAGUGGAACUACGCCCCCGACAAGACCCCGCUCACUUUGGAGGUCCACAUGGUGAAAGGCUUCGUGCGUGUUGUCAAGCCCGUCAUGGGCACAGGCUUUGCACAGUUCGGUUUUUCUGCGUACGAGGGCGCUGGCAAAGCCUGGGAGGCUGCUGUCAAGGCUGCCAUUUUGAAAGCCGCGUCCGACGAAUGA